AUGGCUUCUUCAAAUCGAACUGCAAUUGGGCAAAGUGUCAUUAAUUUGUUUCAUGGUUACAAACCACCGACAAAUCAUGAGGACCUUUAUGUUUGUUCGAAUUGUCCAUCUUAUAUUCCUGAUGCAAAUAAGAUUAAUUGGCUUCAGCAUGUACACGACUUUCAUACAGAUGAGUUUGAUCAAUUAGUGGAAAGUCAGAAAAUCUUGACACGUGCUUGUAAUCUCAUUAAACCUGAUGAUGACAUACAGGAAACGAUUCUUGCAACAUCGACAUCAUUUACUCUCGUAGAAGAAAAGCCAAUGUCAACAAAGGAGCAGGUACUGUAG